UCUACUGUCUUUUACAAAACUUCUACAACAGUGCCACCAUACAUUACCCAGUUUCUAUUUUUUCUUAAAAACUAGUCUAGAAAAGAACUUUUUUGAGAAAGUACACGUAAAACAACGUUUUCACGUGUAUAUAGUUUCCCUGUUUCAUUUGGUUGUUGAAAGAAUAAGCGAGUGAGGACAAAAUGAUUUUCGCAGGAGGAUCAACCACCUCGAGGGUAGUUCGCAGUGCCUUGCUAAUGGGCUGUGGAGCUCUGGGGUACUACUUUUAUAAAAAAAUUACGACACCGAAAAAGUCUGCGGAGUCUAAUUCAGAAGGUAGAAAUACUUCAGUAACCUAUAAUUUCGCAUCCUAUUUUAUCCCUUCUGAAAUAACAAUUGAUGUAAUAAUCCAAGGUCUAGAAUCUGAAUCUGAUAAUGAAAACCGGCCGUCGUCCAAUGCGUCCGAAUGGUCUGAAAUAUUAAACUUACUAGAAGAAUUCGCAACAUCCGGCCGAGAUGAUAACCACGCAUCUAGCCUCGUUUCCCCUGAAAUGACCAUGGACGCGAUAAUCGAAGGUGUGGCAUCUGAAUCGAAUAUUGGUGCCGAAGGGUCACCCACUGCGUUCGAAUCUUCUGAUACUUUACCAGUACAAGAAGAAUUCUUAACACCCCGCAUUGGUAGAAACGGCGUAUUGAGCUUCAUUACGCCUGAAAUAACAAUGGAUCAGGUAAUAGGAGGUUUAGAACCUGAAACUGCACUGGCACAAUCCAUUGCGGCGGAAUCGUCUGAUGUACUACCAUUCCAAGAAGAAUUUGGAACACCCGAAAUAGAUUAUAUCGGCACCAAUGGUGAUCCUUCUUACCUUCAAUCGCUUCUAGAUACUGACGGCGCCAGUUCUGCUGAUAUUGAGUAUCUUAUACCUCCACAUUUUUGGGACGAUAUUGAGGAAUGCGAUGAAUCAUUCGGCUAUGGUAAUAGAUUUUACCAGAGCACUCCUAAAACUUCAAGAUCGCCCAGUGAGGCUGAUACGGUUGUUCUGAAUUUACUAGAGGAUGAAAUUAUCUAAUAAACGAUACUAAUGUAUCUCCACGUGAUACCUUUAAAGGUAAAAUACUUUGAAUGUACUUUUUGUUUACUCGUUCAAUUUUUUAUGUAUCAAUUUUUAUUUAAAGUUUUUGUUUACGUAACGUUCACAUCACAUGUGAUACUCUUUAAUAUAACCGCUAAAUAUAUAUUCUUAAGUCAUAACUUUUGUAACUUUUGUUUAAGUGUUCGCUGAG